CCAAAACUAGAAGAAAGAUUUCGCGAAAGAGGAGCAUCAGCCAGGAAGGCAGAGAGAGAGAGAGAGAGAGAGAGAGAGAGAGUGAGUGUAACCCUAUCUACUCUGUAGGACCCUUGUGCAUUUUCGGUUUCGGAGAAGAAAUGCAAAUCAUAGCUUGCAAUUCCAGUAACCCUCUUCUCCAACCUCCUCAACGAACUCAGGUCCCACCAAAAACAACACACUUGUGUGGUCGUCGCGAGCUAUGUUUCGAUGGCAUCUCCUCCGUCUGUUCUUCCUCCGAACCUCGUCAUCCCGAUUCCCCAGACGACAACUUCGACCUUUCUCCUCAUUCCGCUUCCACUCCAAGGAUUGCUUAUGAUCAUAGCAAAGAGUUGAUUGAAGUUAUAAAGAAAAAUUUUCUUUUCACAACACGUCGGACAUUUUUCUCAAGUUUAUUCAUGUACUUGUGUUAUCAUCCUUCAAGGUACUUACCAGCCCAUGCUUUAGGGGAUCCAUCUGUGACAGUUGAAGAAGUUACACCCUCCGUUUAUUCUUCUGGGGCACUCUUCCCUUCCGAGGAAAGGACUGUGCAACUCUUUGAGAAGAACACUUACUCCGUUGUCAACAUCUUUGAUGUAACAUUGCGUCCUCAACUUAAUGUGACGGGUGUGGUUGAGGUCCCCGAAGGAAAUGGUUCUGGAGUAGUCUGGGAUGGACAAGGUCACAUUGUGACAAAUUAUCACGUAAUUGGCAAUUCUCUCUCAAGAAAUCCGAGCAGUGGGCAAGUCGUUGCACGAGUCAAUAUUCUUGCUUCAGAAGGGGUACAGAAGAAUUUUGAGGGCAAAUUGAUUGGUGCAGACCGUGCUAAAGAUCUUGCUGUCUUGAAGGUGGAAGCCACUGAAGAACUGCUGAGGCCUGUCAAGGUGGGGCAGUCAUCUUCUUUAAGAGUUGGCCAACAGUGCUUAGCCAUUGGAAAUCCAUUUGGUUUUGAUCACACUCUCACUGUUGGGGUUAUCAGUGGACUAAAUCGAGACAUAUUUAGUCAAACGGGAGUCACAAUUGGUGGUGGAAUUCAGACAGAUGCAGCCAUCAAUCCUGGAAAUAGUGGAGGUCCUCUAUUGGAUUCCAAAGGAAAUUUAAUUGGAAUUAACACAGCAAUAUUUACUCAAACAGGGACGUCUGCUGGUGUAGGAUUUGCCAUCCCAUCCUCAACCGUGAUAAAGAUAGUACCUCAGUUGAUUAAAUUUGGAAAGGUUGUGCGAGCUGGUUUAAAUGUGGAUUUUGCUCCAGACCUGAUUGCAAAUCAACUUAAUGUUAGAAAUGGAGCUCUGGUUCUGCAGGUUCCUGGAAAUAGUCUUGCAGCCAAAGCUGGGAUACUUCCCACUACAAGGGGCUUUGCUGGUAAUAUUGUGCUUGGGGAUAUAAUUGUCGCGGUGGACAACAAACCCGUUAGAAGUAAAGCUGAGUUGUACAAAGCAUUGGACGACUACAAUGUUGGGGAUAAAGUCCUCUUGAAGAUUCACAGGGGCAACGAGAACUUGGAGCUGCCAAUAGUUUUAGAGGAAAAAGGUUCAUGACAAAGGGGAGCAAUAAUUUGACUUGAUAUGUUAGUUUUAGUUAUGAUUUAUCAUAGCUUUCAAAAUUUAAAACAGAAAGUGCGAGAGUGCCCUAAAUGGGUGAUGUAAGAGGUUAUUCAUGUAUUUGUAACUAUUUCGUUGUAUUUUGAUUUUAAUAAAUAUUUUGAAAAAGAACUAUAAUUGGAUCGAGCUAAA